GCACUGAAGAUGGAAGGUUUGGAGAGACCACGUCGUAAACGUGGACGUCCUCCGAAAAGACUGGUAGAGUCUACAGAAGAAAAAGAAGUAGAAAAGGAAUUGGAAUCACCAGAUGUUUCUCAAGACCCUGAAGAAAUGGAAGAAGAUGCUGAUGGAAGGAGACGAAGGAAAAGGAAAGUGCCGCAGAGGUUCAGAGAAGCUGUGCAAGGGAAGGAGUUAGAAAGAAUAUUCAGAGAAGAAGGUGUAAUUGAUGAAGAUGAACCUGAAGAGGAAGAUGAGGAUGAAAUAGAAGAGAAAGCAAUUAGUGGAGAUCAUGAUGGAAAUGAUGCAGAGAUUAUUGGUCACUUGGAAACGCAGGAAGGACAGGACCUUGGAGAACUUGUAAUUGUUAAUCGAGGCAGAGGAAGAGGCAGACCUCGAGGCAAGAGAAGGAAGAUUCGUUUUCAGUGUGAAAUAUGUGGUCGGGGUUUCCAGCAUAAGGGGAGAUAUAUUGUACAUAAGAGUUAUCAUAAAGGAGUUAAAUUUCAGUGUAAUACAUGCAACAAGAGAUUUUCUAACAAAGACAAUUUUGAUCUACAUCAAAAGACAACAGGACAUACUGGGGAGGGUAUUAUCGAGGGUUUGGAAGAUGGAGAGAAUGCUGAAGAAUUGGCAUCUGGUAAUCGCUAUCCUUGUGACCAAUGUGAGAAGACGUUCCAGACAAAGCAGAGUUAUGAGGUUCAUUUAAAAGCAAUCCAUGAAGGUCAACGACCUUUUGCAUGUGAUGUGUGUGGAAGGAGUUUUGCCUACCAUAACAGCCUAAAGGGGCACAUGUUAUCCCAUGAGGAGCAAAAGGCUGAGAAAGGUUAUCCUUGUGACAUAUGUGGGAAGUUGUUGAAUCAUCCCAGUUCUGUAGUGUAUCAUAAGGAAGCAGAACACAACAAUGGGAGGCGGUUUGUCUGCAACAAGUGUGGGAAAGGUUUCAAACAUAAACAGCUUCUGCAGAGGCACCAGUUGGUUCAUUCUGAUGACCGACCAUUUGUUUGUAAGUCUUGUGGUGCAAGUUUCAAAACAAAAGCAAAUCUACUGAAUCAUCAGCCAACUCACACUGGUGAAAAGAAGUACUUCUGUGAACUGUGUGGACAGCAGUUUGCACACAAGACAAGUCUCACUCUACAUUACAGGUGGCACACUGGCCAGAAACCAUAUCAGUGCCACGUGUGUAACAAGAACUUCUCACAGAAUGGCAACCUGCAAGAACAUUUACGUAUACACACAGGAGAAAAACCUUUCUGUUGUGAUUACUGUGGCAGGAAGUUUACAACAUCUUCCCAGUUCAAACUGCAUGUGAAGAGGCACACUGGAGAGCGACCAUGGAAGUGUGAGUUUUGUGGAAAGUCUUUCUUGCAUAAAGAUACGUGGAAAUGUCACACUAGACGGCAUAAAGGGGAACGCCCAUUCCAGUGCCAUUUCUGUGCACGAGGAUUCACAGAACAAUGGGCACUGAAGAAACAUCUGCGGUUACAUACUGGCGAGAAACCCUACUCCUGUAACAUGUGUGGGAAAGCUUUUGCUGAUUGCUCAAACCUUACCAAGCACAAAAAGGUCCAUCGUGACAGUAAGGAUGGCAUUAUUGGAGGAGCUGGAGGUAUUUCUGUAGAUCGCACAGUUUGGAAUAUUAUCCGCUCACAUCUGUCAAAAGAAGUGGAAAAUGAUGGAAAUAUAGAUAAUGAAGUAAGGACAGGAGAGGAAGGUGAUGGUGUGCAGCAGAUUAUUUAUGUAACAUAUCAGGAUCCAGAUGACCCCAGUGAAGCCAAAACUCUUCAUAUUGUAGAUGACAUGCAGGCUGAUGCUGAAUCAGAGACUGAACAGCCCGAGCAACAGAGUGAUAUGUCUAUGGCUGAAGAACCUGAGUCUGUGACUUCAGUAGGAGGGAUAAUAACAGCUCCAGGAACAGUUGGCACAAAUGGAAUUGAAUUGAGUCAUCUCUCGCAGGCAGCAGCGGCCAUGCAGCUCUCUGGUUCCCAUUCACUACAUGUAACAGAUGAGGAUGGUAACCCCAUCCAGUUCACUAUGCAGGAUGGACGGCCGUUGCAGAUUACAACAACAGAUGGGCAGUCUAUUCAAGUAAUGACCACAGUGGAUGGUCAGACAAUUCCAUUACAGUUAAUGACUCAUGGUGGUCAGCACAUUACCACAGAAAUGGAAAGUCAGUUGCAACAUGUUGAAGUUGAUAACACAGAUGGCAUUGUCAGUGCCAUAACUACUGGAAGCCAGGAGACAGAAGAGGAUGUGUCACAUCUGGUGGAAGAGGAGCAGGCCAUAGAAUUCAUGACACAAGAUGGACAGAAAGUGAGAUUGGUUACAUCAUAUGAAGUUGACCCACUUAGUCUGAGCACUGACUAUCUUGCCGCAACUUAGUGACAUUAAAUGAGCCAUUGUGAGUGAAACUUGGCUGUAAGAACAGUAUUAUUUCACGAGUUUUAUCUGUGAUUGAUACUCUGUACCAGGAUAUGGUUUAAGGAAUCUGAACUAUUGCCAUUUUUUCCAUUUUCAUGAGUUUUAUAAGGAGUUGAUCUGAUUCCUCCUUUUUAAAGUAGCAGUUUGAUGUAUCAUUUGCAAAAGUGUGAGAUAUCUGAACUAAAGUGUUUAUUUUCCUAGGCCUCUUGUUACUUUCUGCCUAGUUAUUGUGGGUGUAUUAUGUCUCACAGUGCAUGAAUUUGUGAAUUUACCCUCCUAAGUUAUGAACUUGAUAUAUUUUUUUUGGGAUGUCCAGGGUAAUAUGGGCAAUCAAGACUGAAUACAGAUGUUGACCUGAAACUGUUUUAUGAAACAUGGAGUGGGCCAUUUUGGAGUUUAUCAUUCACAACAGGUAAUAUGACAGGUUUUGAUGCAGUGUGACAUACACAACUGGGUGUAUUAAUCAGAGUUCUCGAGUAAGAAGGUUGCACAGAUAUGAUGGUCAAAAUCAGUCUGAUAUUGUCAUUUUGAACAAUCCAUGUGCAAAUAACAGAACUGACCAUGCAAAAGAAACUAAACAUAACUUCACAUCUUUCAAGGUUAGAUGUUUCUCAUGAAUUCUGGCUAUAAAGUAGAACAUUUUUCAGUGUCUCAUUGCAAUUUUGAAGUUUAUUUCAUGUAAUGGUAAAUUUGUUUAUUAAUAUAAAUUGGUGUGCGCUGUGGCAUACACUAUAACGUAUAGAACUGUUGUACAUAUUCAUUGUAAAUAGAAAUGGAUGAAGUGCAAUUUGUGGUUGUGGGAACUAGACAAAUCCACAGAGUUUGAUUACUGCAGAAUACAAAAGGAAGCAGAAUGAUUAUAUGUAUAUAAAGCAAUCUUUAACUGAAGAGGACUUGGUUCUCUUUACAAAUAUGUUAAUGCUGGAUUUUAAAUAAUGAACAGGAAAUUUAUCAGAUUGAUGGAUGAACCUGAGUUGAAAAUUCAUGCAAAAUAAUGAAGCCACAAAUACACAAAUUCAAGAAGGCUAUGUAUAGUUUAUAAUGCUAUAAAUUAAAAUUACAUUUGAGUGUUAUGUUAAAAUAAAUACCCAUCUAAAUAUAAUAAAAUAAAAUAUGUAGAAAUUAUA